GGUUGACGAGGGUAUGUCUCUGUGACGCGCUGCAAGCGUCACAGAGACAUCGACUGUUGGUCGCUGGCCCGUGCUGGAUGGGAGUGAACGGUUUAGUAUCAGUUGGUGUUUGAACACGUGCUGCGGGACCGAGUCGUCGUCAUGUCCCUCUCCUAUUUAGAGGAGCGGUUUGCCGCCUGGGUGCUCUGUUCACGACGUCGGGGAUUAACUGGGCCGCAAGCCGAGGACCAGGUUCUGGCCUGGCGCGAAUGGCCCUUUGACCUCCUGGACCAGUACCCGCGACUUAGCAAGGCACUUUCGACAUGCAGCUUUACCCUCUUUGGCCUGGCCACCAAGCUGCUCUAUCAAACACUAUGUCGAUCCGUGGCCGUCACGGGACGAGAGCACAUGACACACUUUCGUGAACGACCCCAAGGAAAAGGACUCAUCACUGUCUCCAACCAUCUCUCCAAUCUUGAUGAUCCUGGCAUGUGGGGCUUUUUGCCUAUUGGCGUGUACCAGCGCGGCGUGGACUAUGCCAUUGAGCUAGUCAAUCGAGGCCGCUGGGUGCACAUUUUCCCUGAGGGUAAAAUCUUCCAGGAUAAUCUUCCUCGUCGUAUCAAAUGGGGCGUGGGUCGUAUAUUACUCGAGGCCGAGCCUACCCCACUCCUCAUGUCCAUUCACAUUUCGGGCUUUGAGCGUCUGCGGCCGCUGCGCCAGCGCUGGCCCAGUCCUGGGCAAGAUUUAAAGAUCAACCUUGGACCGAUUCAUGAUUUGCGGGAGGAAGUCUUGCGGGCUCGCGAGCUCCCGAACCCAGAGCAAGCCCGCAAGUACUUGACCGACGUAGUACAGAAUAUUAUGCAUCAACAUCAAGCUCAGCACACAAUGCCGCCACCAACGGCGCCCUCCAUCCUGACGCCCACGGCGGCGGCCUAG